CGGGUCACCUCCGCUCGAUUUCUCUCUCUUUGAGUUCUCUGAUUCAAAACUUCCAAGCCCCAACCUUUUACGUUAGAAAUCAAUGUUUGUGGUGGAAAUUCAUGAUCUACGAGGAACCCUAGUUUGAGCAUCUGCAUUCUUCUGGGUCUCCGUUACUUCUCGACUGUGGUAUUGCAAAUAGCUGUUUCAGAUGUUGAUGAAAGGUAGAAAAGUUGCAGUUAAGGGGGAAGCAGUGGCUUCCCAUUAUGCUUUUGGUCCAAUUGAAGACGAUGUUAUAAUAAAACAUCGGCUUCUAACAAGAACUACCACCACUAGGGGUGAACCACCAUUGAAGAAGCUUCAGAAGAAGUUCACUUCGUUUGCUCUUGAGAUCGAAAAGGAUUUGGAUAACAAUAAUGAUUGUGAAAAGCUUGCAAAAGCUUUCUUGCAGGAAUUAGCAACAUUUGAACUUCCACUUCUCAAGAGCAAAGCAAUUGUGGAUGCUAACUUGAGAGAGAAGGAGAAUUUUAAUGAGUUAGAAGAUGAGAUAAACAGACAGAUUGUUCAGGCGCAGACUGAUAUAGAAGAUCUGAAGAAGCAACUAGAAUUGGCGAAAAUUGAAAGGCAGCAUAAAGAAGAGUGUGAAUCGAUCAGGAAAUUGAUUGCUUUACAACCACCAAGAUCAGAGACUCAAAAGAUCAUAACUGACUUAGAGAAGGAGAUAGCAAUGUUAGAGGCUGAGAGUGUUGCUAAUUCAAGGACCUUGGAACUCCGGAAGAAGCAAUUUGCUCUUCUAUUACAUGUGGUGGAUGAGCUUCAGAACACAAUAGAGGAUGAGCAACGGAGUAUACUUGAAGAGAAUCGCAUAGCAAAUGACGAAAUGAAGAAUGCAGUUGAGGAUGCUGCUUGCGAUAAUGAAGCCAUGGCAAUUGAUUAGUUUUGGAAUUAAAAUUUGACAAUGGCUGGUUAUAAACUUGUUCAUGCACAUUUUAUCCAACAUGAUUGAAGAGUACCCAUUAAAUGUAUCAUGCUCAAUAGACCUGUCUUUGAUGCUAUGUUUUUCAGUUUGAAGAUUUAAAUUUUGCAAUUGUUUUUGAGAAAAUGAUUUUAUAACUGUUUAUUUAUUCUGAAUAGGGGAAGAUGUUGAAGA